ACAUAAACAUGUUUGGAGCCAGCGAGGUUAACCAAAUGUGUUUAGCUCUAACAGUUAAGGAUACUAAGCCCGUAGGUGAAGACAAGUGGAUGAUGAUACCAAAUAUGGCCUACCUUAUUUCCACAACAUAUAAGUUCAUAGUGUUGACUAUUGCUAAUACCGGAUGCAACACUUUUUAUCCGUUAAAGGGAAAGGCGGACCUAGUGGAAGAACACAAAUUCAUGCCGAUUGUGCUUGUCAAUAAAGAUCAUUUCGUUGGGGUUACUCUUCGUGAAGGCCAUCCAAUGCCGACCACAGCUCACUUGUGGGCAUACAACUGUCACCCGGAUGCAAGAAAAUGGGAAGAGCCUUACAAAGAGCGCAUUGAAGAAUACGCGGCUUAUCUGAAACAAAAAAAUGGAGGAUGUAGUGAUGAUAUUAUUGACCUUAGUGAUGAUUAAUUAUGUUGGAUCAUUAAGUUGUUUUGUAACGAAUUGCUUGUAAUUUAUAUGCGUGUAACGGAUGAUUACUUUGAACUUUAUAACUGUCUCCUUAAAAAGCUUGUGAUGCCUCUGGAUUGUUAUAACUGUCAGGAAAUCAGUCUGUGCAUGCCUCUGUUAUAACUGUCAUUAAUUUUCAUCCUGUCCGCACUUAUAACUGCGGUAGGUCAUGACGCAUCUGUAAGAGGUACUGUAAGCCUCAUUAAUAGAACCAAUUUCCCGUGGUUAUAACUGCGGAGGUGUUUUUAUUUUCAUCCUGUCCGCACUUAUAACUGCGGUAGGUCAUGACGCAUCUGUAAGAGGUACUGUAAGCCUCAUUAAUAGAACCAAUUUCCCGUGGUUAUAACUGCGGAGGUGUUUUUAUUUUCAUCCUGUCCGCACUUAUAACUGCGGUAGGUCAUGACGCAUCUGUAAGAGGUACUGUAAGCCUCAUUAAUAGAACCAAUUUCCCGUGGUUAUAACUGCGGAGGUGUUUUUAUU